GUCAAAGAUAAGAGCUUGCCGCAAGAGCGCAACUGCUUCCACACAGCUGUUAAGAAAGAGCCACGAUGAGGCUACACUGGCACCUCAGCUUCGCCUCAAUGUGCCUGUAUGUGUGGGGUGAAACAUUUCAGACGGAUCACCACAUCGAAAAGUGGAACCACUGCGAAGGACACUUCUACAAGGCAUGGACCCAUCUUCAGCUGCUUAUUAAAAAAGCGUCUGUGGACUACUGUUGCAGAUGCCAUGAAGAGAAAUGCAUUUCCAUUGCUAUUUUUCCAGCUUUAAAACAUGUGCCAGUUUUUUGGGCAUAUAAAAUAAGCCACAAAGGGGUGCCUGAUUUGUCAGAGCACGAGCUGUUGAAGAAUAUCACAACUUGGUAUAUAUCACCAAUGGUUGUUGAGGAUCUACUCAGAGGAAAGUUACAUUCACUCCCACCUCAAGUGACCUCAAGACCCUCCCCGUCAACAACACAUAUUUUAAGUGGUGUGUUUCAUCUCAAUGCGAAAUACAUUCGCUGGAUUACAUAUCACCACACAGAUACAAAGGGGCUUACUUUUGAAGGAGCGCUUGUCCAAAAGAGUAAGGAGAAAUGCAAGUGGAAAUGGCUGACGGUGAAGCAACUGGUCGGGUUUCUUUCUGACAUCUUUUUGACCAAACCCAUGCAAACCCUCUUCGAUUACCAAAACACGGGACCUUUAAACCUGAAUGGCUUAGAUGAAAUUCCUGACAUCGUUUCUGUAGGCAAAAAAAUAGAGGACUACCUAGACACUGCAAUGCCAUGUGUGAUAACAACAACAAUGCAAAUCAAAGAAGCAGAACGUGACUUUUCCAAAGUGACAACAAGCAGCAAACCCCCACUAACGUCAGAUAUGAUUGCAGGCCUGUGCUCUGUGCUCAUUCACCGUACUAGCACCGGUUUGAAGAGAUGUCUUGAGAGGAUGAUAUUGGACAAAGAAAACUACACCACCUCUUCACCUCUCUUGUAUUUGUCUGGCAGCAACAAACCACGUAAUGUCAGAUCAGACCUUCAAAAACAAAGCUCUCAAAGUCAACUAAAUGAAAUCAUUAAUCACAGAAAAUCCACCACACAAAAGCCACACAACCGUGAACUCAGUGCUGAGGAAAAUUAUCAUUUUUACUAUUUUAACGGCAAGAUUAGACGUACAAUGAACCAUUUUGGAUAUGGAGUAUGAUAAAUAACAUGUAUGAAACAUCACAGAACAUGAUGAUGGAUAAAAAAAAGAAACGAAAGAAAGAAACGUGAUUAAAAAUAUUCUUCCUCUGUUCAAUUAUGUAUUUAUAUACAGUGUAUAUCCAAUGGUUUAUAUAAAAGCCAUUUGGUAAUUUUUUUAAUAUUUUGCCUUGUUUAUAAAUUAAUGUUAUAAAUCAUCAUUUACUGCCUUGUAAAUAAAUAAAUUUAAUAUUGCUUAAAGGGAACCCUGGGUAUUAAGACUUGUAUGGCUUAAUAUAAUAUAAGUGAUGUCUCUUACUGAAAUAUGUAGUAGAAAACCCAUGAAAGAUUUGUGUUAUUUAAAAAUCCAACUAUACUAUGGGGGUGCUUUUAUUUCGGUAGCGUAAAAUGGUUGAACUUGGUGAGCUACUGAUGCUACCUGUUGCUAUUUUCACCACAACACAACUCGAAAUACACAACUCGGAAAAUAAAAUGCUGAUACGAUACCACAUUGUGCGGCUCUUGGUUGUAAUUUUCAGUCGAAGGGCAACAGGAGAAGCGAUGUAAGUCUUCACUGCUUUCCUAGUGAUAGGAAGAGGAGAAAUGAACAGGAAGAUGCCUGUGGAUGAAUAAAACUUCCUAAAGAAGUUUUUGUUCUUUUCACUUUAGCACUGAUGCCUUUGAGGUUUUUAGUAGACCACAGCAAGUGAAAGCUUACAAACGGCAGAGACAAGAAACGCUAGACGCCAUCCUGGCAGGAUCUAAAUAUGCCGAUGCUUGUCAUGACGUCGCAGCCACUGAAG